GGCUUCUCUUCACUGACCAAGAAGUGGAUAAGAACUAUUCCAACUCACAGAAAGAUGACCUCAAUAAGUGGCAGUGCAUCAUCAAUGGAAAUUAUUUUGGCUGAAGAAACUCGGGCACUGGUUGCCAAAAUGGGGGGAUUUGUAUAUUUCCUUAACAGAAUGGAAAGUGAGAUGAUAAAAAUGGCAAAAGCUCACUUCAAUCUAAUCCUGUGGAUGCUUAGAGUCCUUAAGAGGUGCCAAAAGAAGGUAAUUGAGCUCAGAGACGUGACUGAGAAUCUGAAAGAUCUAACAAAAGUCUUUUUUUACAAGAAGUGUGCCAUGCGUAAAGAAAUUGAGAAUUGUCAGAACCAAAUGAAAAUUAAGAUAACAUUGGUCAGGAGAAGUAAAAUCCUGGCUCAAGAAGUGGGGGAAUUGGUCAAGAAGGCUGCUAGAGAAGCAGCUUUUAGGAAUUCACAGACAGCAGCCCAGGGACCAAAGGAUGCUAAAACAAAAGAAGCCAGUGAGUUGGAGUAUAUUUCUCUGAGUCUGGCUGAAAACUGGUGGACAUUAUUGGAGAAAUGUGUGGAGUUGGCAGAGGCUAGGAUAUCGUCAGCAAAAAAGUCAUUGGAAAUGAUUGAGAAGAGAGAGAAGUGGGAAAAGCUGUUGAAGAGACUCUUCCUUCAGGCUGCCAUGGCAGCCCAACUUGGCAUGAUAUUACAGAAAAGACGAAUUGAGGGGAAAAACGUGGAGAUAGAGAAAAUGGUGUCCAUUCACCGAAAACACCAGAAAGAAAUUGUCUGCUGUAAGGCUCUGGAAGAAUGUGAAGUCAUGGACUUCCUGCUCACAGAAUUGAGGCAGAUCUCUGAAGUGAUUAUUUCGGAACUCUCUUCCCAAGAAAAAGUGGAAGACUGACCUCUUCACAACCCAUCCUGGCCAUAAACAGACUUUUAGUUGGCCAAAGAUACCUGAUAUUUGUAUGGAUGAAGACAAAGGAAGAAAAAUCAAGCGUGGCAUCUGUUAGCCUCCAAUUACUGUCUUACUGGGAAACUUAAGCAGCAGGAUUUGAUCGAAGAAUCUUCAAAUGAGACAAACCUUUGGGGUCCUCCUUCCACUAUU